AUGGCCGACCCGAACUCCCAGCGGCUCGCCGCCGCUACGACGGAUGUUCCCGCAACCCAGCAUCAAGCCGCGGUGACCGCGCCGCAGUCGCACAGAGGCGCUCUCGGGUUUUUUGCGGUGGCGGCGCCGAAGCAGGGCGCAACCAUGGUUGCGCUGUCGUCCCCGCAGGGCAAUCCCGGGUUCGCGGUGGUGCCCCAGGCGGCCGAGAACGUGGCGGCUCCCGCGUCCCCGCAAGGCCCUCCCGGGUUUUGGGUGGCGCCUGAGCAGCCCGGGCCCGCGCCACAGCAAGGUGCUCCGGUGAUGGCGCAGCCGCAGGGCGCAACCAUGAUGGCGCCGCCGCAGGGGGCAACCAUGAUGGCUCAGCAACAGCAGCAUUUCGCGCCUGCGAUGGUGCCUACCUCCCAGCAACUUAUGCAGAUGCUCCUUCAAGCUGCGCCCAUGGGCAUGAUGAUGGCCUCGAUGCCCCAGCAAGCCCAAGCCCAGGCCACGGUUGCUAACCAACCUGCUCAAGGUAUGGCGCCAUCGCAAUCUUGCCCAUGUGCCAUCCGUCCAUGA